AUGACAGAUGGUAUUCAGUCGAGAAUCCCACCUAAUCUACCCGAAACGCCAGACGCGAGAAUGUGGAAAGCAACUCUACUAAUAGUGGCGGCCAUCAGCCUAAGCACCGUCCUAGGAGCCUCCGUAUAUGACGCUUAUCCACAGCUUAAACAAUUCAAGGCACAGGAUGCCUUCAGCUAUGAGUGGAAUACGACCGAGGAAUGGAGAUGUCCUCUUUUCAAAGAACGGCAGCUUAGAACCAGAUUGAAAGUUCUAAAAGCGGGAAAAUGCAUUCAUAAGGCCGUUACCAAUACUCUCAAUGGGCCAGGAGUUUCUUGUUGUGGCAUUCAAGGCAAGUGUGAUUUCAGGAGGGACAUUAGUUACUCACGUACCAGAUCGGCAACCGAUGGAUGGAAGGCAGGGAUGCAAGCAAAAUUUGGAGGUUCAGGAGUAACCGGAGAAUGGACGUUUACAGCGGAGUACUCCGGGUCCAUUACGGAGUCUGCGGGCAAGACAGAUGGCACCAGCAUGGGAUGGACACAGCUUGAGCCUGGGUGGAUCUAUGUGCCAAAGAUUUCGUUCUUGGAAGUGCACUGUACAGCUAUAGUCUACGAAGAUUCUCCUACGAUAUUCGGCCCAAAGACGGACGGCCCCUUGUGGAUCGAGGACCACCACACAGACGGCACCAUUGACUCCGACUAUGAAUUGAUGUGGCUCACAAUCCCCGAAGACAGGAUGUGCCAGAUUCCGGAAGGCAUACUGUGGUGGGGCAAGCAUGAUAAAACAAUGCAAAUUCCUGGAAACGUCUUAUUGAGACCGAAGGAGGAACAGGGUAGUGGGUUGAAAAUGCAUGAUCGGUAUCGGGAUUUUUGGAGGAGAAGCGAAUUGAGCUUUCCAGUUCUGGACAGCAGUGGGAAUAUACUCUCCGUUUACGGCCUUGAAAAACUGACCUGCGACAAAGCGGCUGGUUAUGUCGAAGAUGAAGACGGUUACUUACAACACUCGGCUGUCUUAUUCAUUAAUGGAACGAAGCGUCGAGAGAUAAUUGAGGAAGAGAUUGGAAAGCAUGCCCUACAUGAUGAGCUGUAA